AUGUUUUCUUCUAUACUCGGCAGUUUUUCGAUAUGUGGAGUUAUAUGGGCAUUCUGGCGCAAUUAUAUACGAUGGUACAUUGCCAAAUCUCCGUUGGACAAUUUACCGGGACCUCCAGCAAAGCACUUUUGGACAGGUAAUCUCUCUGAGUUUGUGAACCGGCACAGUUGGGAUUUCCACCUUGAUGUGGCCCAAAAUUAUGGCCCUGUCGUGAACUUCAAGGGAUUCCUCGGUAAUCCACUACUUUAUGUAUACGAUCCAAAGGCGUUGCACAGUAUCAUUGUCAAGGAUCAACAUAUCUAUGAGGAGACGUCUACAAACCUGCACUUUAGUCAUAUGAUUUUCGGUCCUGGUUUGCUAGCGACAUUGGGUGAAACUCAUCGCAAACAGAGAAAGCUGCUUAACCCAGUCUUUUCUAUAGUGCAUAUGCGCUACAUGCUGCCGAUCUUCUACGAAGUGGCCAACAGGCUCGGCACCGCGAUGGCCGCUCGUGUAGCCGACGGAUCACAAGAGCUAGACAUGCUGGGAUGGAUGGGACGCGCUGCACUCGAACUCAUUGGGCAAGGCGGCCUCGGCUAUUCUUUUGAUCCUCUCACAAAAGAGAUAGGUGACACAUACGGCGACGCACUGAAGGCACUCGUGCCAACGUCGUUCGGGCUGGGUAUCUUCCGUUACGCCCUACCUUACGUUGCACACAUCGGUACCCCAUCAUUUCGGAGGCGCCUGGUGGAGAUACUGCCGAGCAGGCGGAUGCACAAGCUGAAGGCGAUCAUCGAUACCAUGGACAGGAGAUCGCGCGAAAUAUUCUACGCGAAGAAGGCUGCUCUCCAAGAGGGCGAUGCCGCCGUCUCUCGGCAGGUAGGCGAAGGCAAGGAUGUCAUGAGUAUCCUCAUGAAGGCAAAUAUUGCGGCAAAGUCAGAAGAGGACAGACUGCCGGAAGAAGAGCUGGUGGCUCAGAUGUCAACAUUGACCUUCGCGGCUACGGACACCACAUCCAACACCCUCGCUCAAAUUUUGCAACUUCUCGCGCAGCAUCAUGACGUCCAGGACAAACUGCGCCAGGAGCUCCUGAAGGCAGGCCAAGGCGAUGAACCGUUUUCCUACGACCAGUUGAUGCAGCUCCCAUAUCUGGAUGCGGUUUGUCGGGAGACGUUGCGAGUAUAUCCUACGGUGCCAAUCAUGCCUCGUCAAGCGCGCAAGGACAUAGUGUUACCGCUGUCUGAACCGAUCCGGGGUAUCAACGGCGAGAUGAUGAGCGAGAUACCCAUCCCCGAGGGCACCAGACUCUUCGUCGGUAUUGCGGGAAGCAACCUCAACAAGGCGCUAUGGGGAGAAGAUGCACUCGAGUGGAAGCCCGAGCGAUGGCUCUCGCCUCUUCCCACCGCUGUGACUGAAGCGCGCAUUCCUGGGGUCUUCUCAAACCUCAUGACCUUUUUGGGUGGCAGCAGAGCGUGCAUUGGCUUCAAGUUCUCCGAAAUGGAGAUGAAGGUUGUUUUGGCUGUCCUACUGCCUCAAUUCACAUUCAACCUGACCGACAAGCCGAUCGUGUGGAACAUGGCUACCGUUCGUUAUCCCACUGUUGGCAAGGAGGGCAUUAAAGCGGAGAUGCCACUCAAGGUAGGUUUGUUCAAGAAGAGGGAUGCUUGA